AUGCAAAAAGGACGACGUGGAGUUGGUUUAGGUGCUUUUGAAAAUCAAGAAAAAUCAGCAGAAAAAUAUAAAGAACUUAGUAGUAGCUUGAUUAAAGCGCGUGCAGAUGAUCUUUUUAUGCAAUUGUCAGCAUUUAAAGCAGUUUUGGCGGAAUUCGCACGGAAUCAUGGAUCUGACAUCUAUGCAGAUUCAUCCCUUAGAAGUGCAUUUUCUCAAAUGUGCAAAGCAAUUGGAAUUGAUCCUUUAGCAUCUACUGGAUCGAAAAAACGUAAUUUUUGGUCUGAUAUGUUAAAUAUUCAUGAUUUUUAUUUUGGUUUGGCGGUACAAGUUGUGGAACUUUGUCGAAAUACACGGAGAGAAAAUGGAGGACUAAUAGAACUUAAACAAGUUUUACAACGUAUUAAUGAAAUACGUCAAAAUUCAGGGGGGAUACUUGUAUCUGAAGAAGAUAUUUUACGUUCCGUUAAAACAUUAGAUAUUCUUUCAUCAGGGCUUAAAGUUAUCCGAAUAGGUGAACAAGAUACUAUAUGUUCACUUCCAAAUGAGCUUAAUAGAGAUCAAUUUACUAUUUUAGAAGCAGCACAAGUUAUGGGAUACGUUUCUUUUACAAUGAUUAAAGAUAAUCUACAUUGGGAUGCUUAUCGUAUACUUGCAAUUAUCGAAGAUUUAUUAUCACAGUCACUUCUUUGGGUAGAUGAACAAGCAGAAGAGUCUAAAUUUUGGCUUCCUCCUACUAAUCAGAUAUUUUAA